AUGGAGCAGGAAGGUCAAACAAGCGACUCAGGAAUUCAUCAUAAUCAAGGUGAACACGAGCACGAAUCGCUUGUUGGCAAUUUGGAGAUACCUGGCAGCAGGCAGGAGGAAUUCAGCCAGAAUAUACAGCAUAAUAUACCUGGGGUGACUCUUGUUCCUGCUGAUAGAAGCGGUAUAACUACUGGGGAGUUAGAUCAGCACCUGAACUUUGAAGAUGAACGAAAAACUGUCGAGGGCAAAACAGCUAAAGAACUUGUUUCUGACGUUAUAGCUACCGCAGCUGAAGCUAGCCGGGAAGAGCCGCAGUAUUAUACUGAAACCACUUUGCAGCUGCACCCUGAAGCGACAGAGUCUAAAUUUGAGCUGGAACACCCCAGAGUAGAACAGGGACUUCUUGAGCAGUCUGAUUCGCCGAGGGAAAUGACAACUAAUACACUGGGCACAACGGAAGAAAGUCCUUUGCAUUUAAAAACAAAACAGGAAAGCCACGCCGAAGAAGUCAGCGGGAUUUACCUUAAAGAGGAGGAACAUGCUGCAGAGGAGAAGCAUGAGCUUCCAGCAGCAAAACAAGGAUUUGAACAGGAAAAGCCUGUUUACUCGAAAGAGGAACAAGAAGGUACACAACUAGUAACGGGAUUUGAAGCCGGAGCAGGUGGAGAAGAGGAAGAAAAAAGUUUGGAAAGCCAUGAUUCAAGUGCUGGCUCGGCACCACCGUUGAAACUACAUCAUGGGUUUGAAGAGAAGCCAAGACCCCCAACACCACCGAAACCGUUGGACGAUGAACUAGUAAAACCGACGAGUAUUCAUGUUGGGGCUCCACUUCAUAAAUAUAAUGAUCAAAAAACAAUUAAGUUCAUUCAGUUUUUUGCAGCUUCGCAUACUGAACAUCCACACUCAAUUCUAAAACAUGGCAAAGGUGAAUGCUGUUCCUUCAAAAAUUUAGAUCCGAGACGUAAGUUGCAGUUUAUAGCUAUAUUUUCAUGA